UCUCUUCGCCACCACCGCCACGACCACCGACCUCUCCCCUUCUUGGGGUUUCUUUCCUUGACCUUCUUCUUGGGAUGGAUCUAGGGUUCCGGCCUAACUGCAGAUGGCGGAGGCUCCACCGGCGAGCCCUGGAGGCGGAGGCGGGAGCCACGAGAGCGGCGAGCAUAGCCCUCGAGCGGGGGCUGGCGUACGGGAGCAGGAUCGGUUCCUCCCGAUCGCCAACAUCAUCCGGAUCAUGAAGAAGGCGCUCCCCGCCAACGCCAAGAUCGCUAAGGACGCUAAGGAGACGAUGCAGGAGUGCGUCUCCGAGUUCAUCAGCUUCGUCACCAGCGAGGCGAGCGAUAGAUGCCAGAAGGAGAAGAGGAAGACGAUCAAUGGGGACGAUCUGCUGUGGGCGAUGGCGACGUUGGGGUUUGAGGAGUACAUCGAGCCGCUGAAGCUAUACCUCCAGAAAUACCGAGAGGUACUCUGCUUCCUUCGGAUUGCAUUUCGUUUCUAAGUGGAUUUAGAGAUCAUUCUUGACCUGAUAAUCUUUUGUGUUGUUCUUUCUCGGCCCGUUGGAUGGAUUUCAUUGCUGCGGAUAUGGUGGUAUAGUUGGAGGGCGGAGAGGGCUCUGUCAGGAGAGAAUUAGGAGGGGCUCAACAAUCUGGAACAAGCACAGGAAUGGAGUACCACGCUCUUCCUCAACAAGGUUCUUAUACACAAGGCAUGGAUUACAUGAAUCCUCAGUUCCAUAAUGGGGAUCUCUGAACUUGGAGAUUUAUCUGCUUAUGUUCCAUGAGAGCCUCUGUAUGCAGGAUAUAGUUGCUCCACACUUCCUACCAUUCGGCAUCGCUGCUUUUGCAUAGAGAAAAAUUCUUGUCUGCAAAAGUGCGGGACAAAUGUCUGUACUUGGUGUUAAUGCUUCCUGUUGCAACAAAUGUCUUAUAUAUAUAUAUAUAUAUCAUUUGUAAGGUCCCCAGAUUUAAGUUGUUUUGUAAGAUAAAAGCCUUAUUACUCUUUAA